AUGGCAAAUCCUUUCUCGAGAUGGUUUCUAUCAGAGAGACCUCCAAAUUGCCAUGUAGCCGAUCUAGAAACAAGUUUGGACCCUCAACAAACUUUGUUGAAGGUGCAAAAAUACAGACCGGCUUUAAGCGACUGGGUGCAUUAUAUCUUUUUGGGGUCCAUCAUGUUGUUCGUGUUCAUUACUAAUCCCGCGCCUUGGAUUUUCAAGAUUCUUUCUUAUUGUUUCUUGGGCACUCUAUUCAUUAUUCCAGCUACAUCACAGUUUUUCUUUAAUGCUUUGCCUAUUCUAACAUGGCUAGCACUUUAUUUCACUUCAUCCUCUUUCCCAGAUGAUCGCAGACCCCCUAUCACUGUUAAAGUGUUACCAGCGGUGGAAACAAUUCUAUAUGGUGAUAAUUUAAGUGAUAUUCUUGCAACAUCAACGAAUUCCUUUUUGGAUAUUUUGGCAUGGUUGCCGUAUGGCCUAUUCCAUUUUGGGGCCCCAUUUGUUGUUGCUGUUAUCCUAUUUGUAUUUGGUCCACCAACUGUUUUGCAGGGUUAUGCUUUUGCUUUUGGUUAUAUGAACUUGCUAGGUGUUAUCAUGCAAAAUGUAUUUCCAGCAGCUCCACCAUGGUAUAAAAUUCUUUACGGAUUAGAAUCAGCCAACUAUGAUAUGCACGGCUCACCAGGUGGGUUGGCUAGAAUUGAUAAGCUGUUGGGUAUUAGUAUGUAUACAACAGCUUUUUCGAAUUCUUCAGUUAUUUUCGGUGCUUUCCCUUCAUUGCAUUCUGGAUGUGCUACUAUGGAAGCCUUAUUUUUCUGCUAUUGUUUCCCAAAAUUGAAGCCUCUGUUCAUUGCUUACGUUUGCUGGUUAUGGUGGUCAACCAUGUAUUUGACACACCAUUAUUUUGUGGACCUGAUGGCAGGAUCAGUGUUGUCGUACGUUAUAUUUCAGUACACAAAGUAUACACACUUGCCGAUAGUUGACACAAGCCUCUUCUGCAGAUGGUCUUACACCUCUAUUGAGAAAUACGAUGUAUCCAAGAGUGAUCCAUUAGCGGCCGAUUCAAACGAUAUUGAGAGUGUCCCUUUGUCCAACUUAGAACUUGACUUUGAACUUAAUACGACAGAUGAACCCAGCGUAAGUCCUUCAAUAUUUGAUGGAUCUACUUCUGUUUCCCGUUCGUCGGCAACGUCGAUAACGUCAUUAGGUGUGAAGAGAGCUUAG